GGUGACGUAGAAUCUCCGCGCAAAACAGACGAAGGUGACGGGGUCGGCUAGUGUUGCUUCAGGGGGGGACCCCGGCUUCCCUUCGGCGCUAUGUUGGCGGCUCGGCCUCUGGUGCUCCGCGGAGCCUGCGCUCAGGCGCGUCUCCUUUCCGCCGCUGCAGCUCCGGAAUCGGCACCUCCCAAAAAAACACAGUUUGGGCCCCUCAAGGAUGAGGAUCGCAUCUUCACGAAUCUUUAUGGGCGCCAUGAGUGGAGGUUGAAAGGGGCUUUGAGCCGAGGUGACUGGUAUAAAACCAAGGAAAUCCUGCUGAAGGGUGUUGAUUGGAUCUUGAAUGAGAUAAAGACUUCAGGUCUGAGAGGCCGUGGGGGGGCUGGUUUCCCCACUGGUCUUAAGUGGAGCUUCAUGAAUAAACCCCCAGAUGGCAGACCCAAAUACUUGGUGGUGAAUGCAGAUGAGGGGGAGCCAGGAACCUGUAAGGACAGAGAGAUCAUGCGUCAUGACCCCCAUAAACUGGUGGAGGGCUGCCUAGUUGCAGGGAGAGCUAUGGGAGCCCGAGCUGCCUACAUUUAUAUUCGUGGAGAAUUCUAUAACGAGGCCUCAAACUUGCAGGUGGCAAUCAGGGAGGCCUAUGAAGCCGGAUUGGUGGGCAAGGAUGCUUGUGGCUCUGGCUAUGACUUCGAUGUCUUUGUGGUAAGAGGAGCAGGUGCCUACAUCUGUGGCGAGGAGACAGCACUUAUCGAAUCCAUUGAGGGCAAGCAGGGCAAGCCACGCCUCAAGCCUCCCUUCCCAGCUGACGUGGGAGUGUUUGGUUGCCCUACUACAGUGGCAAAUGUGGAAACUGUCGCUGUGGCACCCACCAUCUGCCGUCGAGGAGGUACCUGGUUUGCUGGCUUUGGACGUGAGCGCAACUCUGGAACCAAACUCUUCAAUAUCUCAGGCCAUGUCAACACACCCUGUACUGUAGAAGAGGAGAUGUCAAUACCGCUACGUGAUCUGAUUGAACGACACGCAGGUGGUGUUAGAGGUGGCUGGGAUAACCUGCUUGCUGUAAUUCCUGGAGGGUCAUCCACCCCCCUCAUCCCCAAGUCAGUGUGUGAGACGGUGCCGAUGGACUUCGAUGGGUUGGUGCAGGCACAGACUGGGCUUGGGACAGCAGCUGUCAUUGUCAUGGACAAAUCGACAGAUAUAGUUCGAGCCAUCGCCCGACUCAUUGAAUUCUACAAACAUGAGAGCUGUGGGCAGUGCACACCAUGCCGAGAAGGUGUUGACUGGAUGAACAAGGUGAUGUGGCGUUUUGUGAAAGGCAAUGCACAAGUGGCAGAGAUUGAUGCGCUUUGGGAGAUUAGCAAGCAAAUUGAGGGACAUACAAUCUGUGCCCUGGGAGAUGGGGCUGCUUGGCCUGUACAGGGAUUGAUUCGUCACUUCCGUCCAGAGCUGGAGGAACGGAUGAGACAGUACAGUGAAUCUAAGGUGCAGCAGGCAUCUGGGUAAACACCUAACGGAAGUCACCCCUUUAUACAUUUGACUGUAUAAAAAACAUUCACGUGAAGACAGGCCAAGCUCUGCUUUAGCUUGGGCAUUGAGAGCAGUGUGCUUCCUUGAUUUGUGUCAGAUGGGUGACAACCUACUUCAGUUACUGUUCUGCUUUGCUUUCUUAAAACGCACAUUAUCUAUUAAAUGGUUGUAACUUA